AUGUGUUACCCUGAUGACGCAUGUGUCUACCCACAGGAGAGAGGUAGAGGGUUUGAGCUGCAGCAGUGGGCAUCAGGUGAGCCCUCCUUCACUGCAGAACUGGAACGUGUCAUCGCUUACAUUACCACACCACAGGUACAUAACCAUGCCCACUUUACACCCAGGCCCACACGUCAUAAAUAAUUCAGAUAGAAAUGCACUGUAUAUAACAGACCUGGGUCCGUAGUCAUGAAGCGUCUUAGAGUAGGAAUGUUGAUCUAGGAUCAGGUCCCUCCUGUCCAUAUAAUAUUUUUCAUUAUAUUAUAUUUUUCAUUAUAAAACUGAUCCUAGAUCAGACCUGAGUUUCAAAUACUUUAAACAUUUGAUCAACUACGUGUGCCUGUUUGAGCUUGCCUGGCUUAAUAAACCAAUAAUAAACUCCUAAAACUGCAAAGCCUGCCAGUCUGGCACGCCAGGCAGACUCAAGCAAACGCUCAAUGUAUUAGAAAUGAUUAUUCAAGUACUUGAACCCAGGUCUGUCCUAGAUCAGCACUCCUACUUUGUGAAGCUUGACACAUACAGCCUAGGUUCUGAAGUAUUUCAUCAUAUUUCAAAGAUGCUGGGGUCAGAGAGUAAUGACAGUGUGGUAUUUGAGACCAGACACUUAACAUGUCACUGUAAACCAUUAUAUAUGUUUGAACUAAAAACCUCUGAACCAGGGUUUCCCAACAUGUUAGAGAACAUCAGUGGAAAAAAGCCCCCUAAAAAACAGAUUUGGGGCAACAGACAGCAUAAAAAAAAUAUUUUUCUCAACGUCCCCUCUCUCGCUCAGACAGGAAGUCUGUGUCACAUGACUUCCUCUGGGCCUAAUGAUGACUCAGCACUUCCAUUCCUCCUCCAGCCAGGCCCCUCAUUGCUCUGUCCUGUCCCCCUGCAGGUGAACUGUUCCCGGGUGCUGCUACCAGGCGAGUCACACGCUUCACAGGUCUCUGGAGCUCUCUGGCUGCUUUGUGUGGAGGGCUGGAGCCUGCCAAGCCAGGGUCCUCCGUGUGUAGCAUACUCUUUCAGGUGUGUGUAUGAGUGUGUCUGUGCGUCUCUGUAUACGUGCCACUGGAACUUCAAUACAAUGUAGCCUAUUCUAUAGCAAUGUGAACCAAACAGUUUAUUACCAUCAUUAUACAAUAUCAUAACAUCACUGACAUGCUCCCUCCCCGAAACUUGUUAAUAAUGUAAAACAGUUUUAAACAAAUCAUAAUCUCUUCCUCACUCCCAUAUCUCUCUCUUAUCUACAACUCUCUCUCUCCAUCUCUCUGUCUCUGUGUGUAGUAUGGAUGAAGGUGAUACAGGGUUCCUAGAGGCUCUCUCAAAGGCCUGUGAAGUCCACAGAUUUGACCCCAGUGGUCACCAUGGUGACAGAGCCAGCAGUGGUUACCGUAACCGUGGUGACGAUGGUUCUGGUGGUUUCCGACAGCACCGGGUGUGGCUGGACUGGCGAGCAGCGAGAGGACGCAAGCAGAAGAAGAAGGGGGUUCUGGGUAGCGGGUCCCGGACACUCGAGGACAUCAUGGAGACUCUGGGACAUCACACGGUAAAAGCCAAUUUAUGGUCAAUCCGUGUUCUGCAGUGGCCAUACAGCAUUUACGGUGAUGCGGCCUCUGCAGAAGUCAGAGCAUUCAUACUUCUUGCGCUUCGGGGAGCUGUCAUACACACCCAAUAAAUUAGUCUGCACUCAUAGUGAUUCAGGGCUAAUCUCUAUAGCCAUCCAGCUAUCCAGCAACUUUACACAGCCAUUGAAGAGGAGUGGGACAACAUUCCACAGCCCACAAUCAACUGCCUGAUCAACUCUAUGUGAAGGAGAUGUGUCGCGCUGCAUGAGGCAAAUGGUGGUCACACCAGAUACUGACUGGUUUUCUGAUCCACACCCCUACCCAGAUUAGUUGAAUGUGCGCUAAUCCAGCAUCCUUCCAUCCCCCACAGUCUGCAUUCCAUUGACAUCGUUACUGCAUCUAUCCCCAUUACCUCCCCGUUCAAACUAAUUUUUGUGUCUUUGAAAUCCCUACACGAGGUAUCGUAAAGAUGUUUAUAUUUGUGAACUUGUCCUGAUAGUCUUUCGUCAAAGUUCUGCAUGUUUGUUGUGAAGGAAGUUGUCAAGGAAGUGAGUUUAUGUUUAUACAGGAUGUACCGCCCCCACCUACCAUCAACCAAUCAUGUCAAUGCGGAGCUAUUCGGCGCUAUGUAGAGCCCUCCGCAUUGUAAAAUAAUUUGGGAGGCGCACGGCAUCGCCAUACAGAACUCGAUUUGGCCUCCGCAAGCCUCCAGAGGCUCUGCAAUUGCGUCACACCCUCCGUACAGAGCCUCCGGACCACUUUUCCGGAUCAAGCAUAAAUCGGCUUUUACACACACAGACACACGCACGGUCACUCACACAGCAACACUGUAACACAUACAGUAACUCACACUACAGUACACAACAGACAUACACACGUAACAUUCACAGUACUCACAGACAGGGCUGCCUGCACUCCCGUUUCCAUGGCAACAGGGAUGAGAGCUGACCCUGGCUGCCAUAGCAACAGUGAAUCACACCACUGCUGCAGUUACACACUGCAACCACUGGAGGGGAGUGAAACAUUCACUUUUUCUUUCUUUCUUCCUUCUCCCAAAUCGAUCCCACUAGCCCAGCGUUUCGCAAACUCGGUCCUCGGGACCCCAAGAGGUACACGUUUUGGAUUUUGCCCUAACACUACACAGCUGAUUCAAAUGAUCAAAGCUUAAUGAUUAGUUGAUUAUAUGAAUCAGCUGUGUAGUGCUAGGGCAAAAACCAAAACGUGCACCCCUUGGGGUCCCGAGGACAGAGUUUGGGAAACCCUGCACUAGCUCCUGUGUACAUCGCAGACUAUUGGUUAGGUAUAAGCAAGGCCUCCUUGCUCGCACAAGCUUUUUCAGUUCUGGCCACAAAUGUUCUAUAGGAUUGAAGUCAGGGCUUUGUGAUGGCCACUCCAAUACUUUGACUUUGUUGUCCUUAAGCCUUUUUGCCACAACUUUGGAAGUAUGCUUGGGGUCAUUGUCCAUUUGGAAGAACCAUUUGCGACCAAGCUUUAACUUCCUGACUGAUGUCUUGAGGUGUUGCUUCAAUAUAUCAACAUAAUUUUCCUUCCUCAUGAUGCCAUCUAUUUUGUGAAGUGUACCAGUCCCUCCUGCAGCAAAGCACCCCCACAGCAUGAUGCUGCCACCCCCAUGCUUCACGGUUAGGAUGGUUGGUGUUCCUCGGCUUGCAAGACACCCCCCUUUUUCCUCCAAACAUAACGAUGGUCAUUAUGGCCAAACAGUUCUAUUUUUGUUUCAUCAGACAAGAGGACAUUUCUCCAAAAAGUACAAUCUUUGUCCACAUGUGCAGUUGCAAACCGUAGUCUCUUUUUUAUGGCGGUUUUGGAGCAGUGGCUUCUUCCUUGCUGAGCGGCCUUUCAGGUUAUGUCGAUAUAGGACUCGUUUUACUGUGGAUAUAGAUACUUUUGUACCUGUUUCCUCCAGCAUCUUCACAAGGUCAUUUGCUGUUGUUCUGGGAUUGAUUUGCACUUUUCGUACCAAAGUACAUUCAUCUCUAGGAGACAGAACGCGUCUCCUUCCUGAGCGGUAUGACAGCUGCGUGGUUCCAUGGUGUUUAUGCUUGCGUACUAUUGUUUGUACAGAUGAACGUGGUACCUUCAGGCGUUUGGAAAUUGCUCCCAAGGAUGAACCAGACUUGUGGAGGUCUACCAUUGCUUUUCUGAGGUCUUGGCUUAUUUAUUUUGAUUUUCCCAUGAUGUCAAGCAAAGAGGCACUGAGUUUGAAGGUAGGCCUUGAAAUACAUCCACAGGUACACCUCCAAUUGACUCAAAUGAUGUCAAUUAGCCUAUCAGAAGCUUCUAAAGCCAUGACAUCAUUGUCUGGAAUUUUCCAAGCUGUUUAAAGGCACAGUCAACUUAGUGUAUGUAAACUUCUGACCCACUGGAAUUGUGAUACAGUUAAUUAUAAGUAAAAUAAUCUGUCUGUAAACAAUUGUUGGAAAAAUUACUUGUGUCAUGCACAAAGUAGAUGUCCUAACCGACUUGCCAAAACUAUAGUUUUUUUAAAAGAAAUUUGUGGAGUGGUUGAAAAACGAGUUUUAAUGACUCCAACCUAAGUGUAUGUAAACUUCCGACUUAAACUGAAUAUACACACACACUGAUGAAACAUAGCCCCGAGCUGUCUUUUCAUUGUUUUGCUACUUUUUAAUGACGUGUAUAUAAACACAUAUGGUUGUCUGUUUUUGCCAGGUGGACUUCCUGUAUGCUGACCUGCUGAGUGCUGAGUGGAGGGUUCUGCAGAACUGGGCGGAGCUCGGAACUCUAGGGCGCGUCAGUCACCUGGUUGCCACGGUGCACCUCCAGUGGGCCGGCUUUGAGGUCGGCGGGACAGAGGCUGAGGUGGUCCGUUAUUGGUUCAGCGUUCUACAGGGGCUCCAGGACGCUGCGUUUCGAUUGGUCCAUAGCUCUCCGGGGGCGGGAAAAAGCGUCCUCCGGCACAAAGUGGAAAACGCACACAGCUCUUAUACACUAAGCUGGGUUAACACUGGGCCUAUACACUGA